CCUUUCAUUUUUCAAAUUCUCACUCCUUUCGGCCUCCGUGCCUUGAAUCCCUUGAUCUCUACUUGGUGACAGAAGAUUGAAGAUUUCUGGGGUUUGUACAGACCCUUCUUUGGACCUUCUAAGUUCUAAAUCUUCGGUUUAGUCUCAGAAGCUUUCUUGCUCCAGUACUUUGGACUAUCCCAAAAUGGCGAUUGCAGCACAGACUCCUGAUAUUUUGGGGGAGCGACAUUCUGGCCAGGACGUUCGGACCCAAGAUGUGGUGGCGUGUCAAGCUGUUGCGAACAUUGUGAAAUCAUCGCUUGGACCCGUUGGUCUGGACAAGAUGCUAGUUGAUGAUAUUGGUGAUGUAACAAUUACUAAUGAUGGUGCUACAAUACUCAAGAUGUUAGAAGUUGAGCAUCCAGCUGCCAAGGUGCUUGUGGAAUUGGCUGAACUCCAAGAUCGAGAGGUUGGAGAUGGGACGACCUCAGUGGUUAUAGUAGCAGCAGAAUUACUCAAGAGAGCAAAUGAUCUAGUAAGAAAUAAGAUUCAUCCAACAUCUAUAAUCAGUGGAUACAGACUUGCUAUGAGGGAAGCAUGCAAAUAUGUUGAUGAGAAACUUGCUGUGAAGGUUGAAAAGCUUGGAAAAGAUUCCCUCAUAAACUGUGCCAAGACAAGCAUGUCCUCGAAGCUAAUUGCCAUUGACAGUGAUUUCUUUGCUAAUUUGGCUGUGGAUGCAGUUCAAGCAAUAAAGACCACCAAUGCACAUGGGGAGACUAAAUACCCAAUCAAGAGCAUCAAUAUUUUGAAAGCUCAUGGCAAAAGUGCAAAAGACAGCUAUUUGCUGAAUGGUUAUGCUCUAAAUACAGGCCGUGCUGCACAAGGAAUGCCUCUUAGAGUUGCUCCUGCUAGGAUUGCUUGUCUUGAUUUCAAUCUUCAGAAAACAAAAAUGCAAUUGGGUGUUCAAGUUCUAGUCACAGAUCCUAGGGAGCUUGAGAAGAUCCGUCAAAGAGAGACUGACAUGACAAAAGAGCGUAUUGAAAAGCUUCUGAAAGCAGGAGCCAAUGUUGUGCUAACAAGUAAAGGGAUUGAUGAUAUGGCUUUGAAGUACUUUGUAGAGGCUGGGGCAAUAGCUGUGAGGCGCGUUCGCAAAGAGGAUCUGCGCCAUGUUGCCAAGGCAACUGGUGCAACUGUGGUUUCAACAUUUGCUGAUAUGGAAGGAGAGGAAACAUUUGAUUCGUCACUUCUUGGAUAUGCUGAUGAAGUUGUGGAGGAGCAUAUAUCUGAUGAUGAUGUGAUGAUGAUAAAGGGAACGAAAUGCACAAGUGCGGUCUCUGUGAUCCUUAGAGGUGCAAAUGACUACAUGCUGGAUGAGGUGGAACGAGCUUUGCAUGAUGCCUUGUGUAUUGUCAAGAGGGCUCUUGAAUCCAAUGUGGUGGUAGCUGGUGGUGGUGCAGUUGAGGCUGCUUUAUCUGUCUACUUGGAGCAUCUUGCAACAACUUUGGGAUCCCGAGAACAGCUGGCAAUUGCAGAAUUUGCUGAAUCCCUUUUAAUUGUGCCAAAGGUUCUUGCUGUAAAUGCUGCAAAAGAUGCAACAGAAUUGGUUGCAAAGCUUCGGGCGUACCACCACACUGCACAAACAAAAGCUGAUAAGCAGCACCUAUCAAGUAUGGGGCUUGACCUCUUGAAGGGAACCAUCCGCAACAACUUAGAAGCUGGGGUUAUUGAACCCGCAAUGAGCAAAGUGAAGAUAUUACAGUUUGCAACUGAAGCUGCCAUCACAAUUUUGCGUAUAGACGACAUGAUCAAGCUUGUUAAAGAUGAAAAUGAGAAUGCAGAUGAGUAGUAAGUAGUAGGAUUUGAACAUUGGAUUAGUGACAAUUUUGGUGUACGUGCACGUAUUCCUGUGGAGUGAGUAUUAGGAUUUGAACAUUGGAUCUCUUUCUCUCUCAUUUAUACAUGGGAAAGUCUAUGAUGUCAGAAAGACAUGAUACCAUAAAGGCUUCAACCAAUCAAACAUCUCCAAGCAGGGAGAGAGGCAAGUGUAUUGGUGGGGUCCCCCCCAAAAAAAUAUUAAAAAAGAAAAGAAAAUUUCUUGACUCCACCACUGUCCCCAACCAAGCAUGCAAGAUGUUCCCAAUGCAUGCUGAAAUGUGCUGUGGGGCAUUGUGGGGUGCGCUCUAUGGGGAGCCCAAGGUAUCAAAGAAUGGGCACCAACCAAGUAGGGUGAAUGCGAGUUCCACUUACCCAUAAAGAACCUUCAGUUACAUGAGUUUGAUUCUAUGCUUAUAUUUAGAAAUUUUCCAUAUGACCCUCUCAGCUACUGGGUCAUCACCUACACUUAGUAUAAAUGUAGGGGGGUGCAAGUGUGCUGAGUGUGAAUUCUGGCUUACUUUUGCUUCAGGUUCAAUAUUGGCUUGUUUGUUUGCAAUAAAUAAAAUGGUGUAUCUCUCACUUUAUAUGAAAGAGAAUGGAUGCGGUAUAAGUUUACUUA